AUGGCAAAAAGGAAGUCAGCUUUGCUGAUGAUAGUUGGAUUUCCCGAAGUUGCAGUCCGGUCUCCUGGCUGUCACACUCUCCACGGCGUCGGCAGCAAGAAUGGAAAAUUAAUCAUUCAGCUUGGUAAACGAUACUGCCACGCUGUUAUUGACGGACGACUUUGUUCUAGCCAACGUCAAUAUUCCUCUCGCAUGGCGCUCGUUAAGCACAUUAAAAAGCAUCAAGGCUGUGACGUCGCUGUCCGGCAGACCGUGGAUAAGGACGGCACCGUGAAGAAGUCUCAUGGUUUGAGCGUGAAUGCUCGUCAAGAAGCCGAAAGUUGCAGUGCCCGUGUCGGCACCGAAACAAUCAUGAUCAAUGAUGGUGACAUGUGUUCGGCUGAAGUGCUGAAAAUGCUGCGGCUUGCGGGCAGUGAGCCUGGCUGGACCGGUCCAUGUGUCAUUGGAGUGGAGACUCCUUUCGUAUCCGAAUGGAAGCAAGAUAACUGGAGAAAGCGAACAUGGAAGGAAGCUCUCGAAGCUCGACCUCCCACCACCUCCUGGUUCGUCUCCUUGGCAAGAGACUGA